UGAUAUAAUAUCCAACGUUGUGUUUGUUGAUCUGAUGAUACUCAAACGGUUCUCAUGACGCCUUCGAAAACUAUGCGCGCCGUAGAUCAAAGUUUAUUUACAAUCUUUCAUUGCUAUUUAUAUAAAUUAUUUGAGAUUUAUUAAAUCCAAUGUGUAUUGGACUUCGAGUGAAAUAAGGUACGUCAAGUUCACGAUUGUUGUUUUUCAAAAUAAGUGUCAAAACUUGUGAUUUAAUUGUUAACAUAAAGUGAUUCGAAUAAGAAAUCGUGAAGAACCAUAUCAAAAAGAUUCUUCCCUUAUAUUCUGAUAUGGUGAUAUCGACUCAGGUAGAUCAAAAAUAGCCAUAUUGAAAUUAUUUACGUAUUGAAUCAUGGAUGACCAGUUUGUUGAUCCAGAGGCCUUCCUUUUAAAUGGCAAUGCAACUGAAGAAGCCACUAACCAAGAGUACCAGCCUAUUCAGCACCAUUGGUUCUUCAAGAAAAACGUCGACGAUUCUAAAGAGAUCUGGAUUCCGUUCAGCAAGAGAGAUAGUAAAGCCCUAGAAGAAGAACAUAAUAAUGCUAAACCAACACAUGAAAAAAUUGUGGCAACUGAUGGAGGACGUUUUGACGUCAAUAUAGAUUUGAGGAUAAAGACCCCAGUCUAUUGGAAAGGAGAACCUAUUGAAGUUAGAAGAUGUUCAUGGUUUUACAAAGCCGCGACCAGUGCAAAAUAUCUUCCCUAUCAAGAACACAUCGCCGAUAAUUUAGAAGUUGAAUACAAGAACUGUUUCGAGAAUAAGAAGUGGCAUAAAAGAAUUGAACUUCCAAACAGAGACACUAUAGUUUUCCAUUCACAUGAUGUCCUAGUAUUAUUUCCCCCUUCAAUACCAACAGACGAUUGGAAUCACACACCGACACAAGAGAGACCGAGAGUUGUGAGAAGAGGUGUUGAAGGUUUUGAUAUAGAAGAAGGAGAGCUCGAUCAAGUUGACCACCUUUUAUUUAUGGUACAUGGAAUUGGUUCGGUUUGCGAUUUGAAAUUCAGAACAGUCUAUGAAGUCGUUGACGUCUUCCGAAGCACUUCUCUCCAAUUACUAAGAUCUCACUACCAAUCCUCCUACGAUAAAGGUACAGCCAACAGAUUGGAAGUUUUGCCAAUAAGUUGGCAUGAUGAACUGCACUCAGAAGAUACAGGGGUCGAUAAGAGGUUGAAAAGUAUUACACUCGAAAGUAUGUCAACAUUGAGGGAGUUUACGAACGACACAUUAUUGGAUAUAUUGUUUUAUACCAGUCCUCUGUAUUGUCAGAAGAUUGUGUCAACAGUUGGUAAUGAACUCAACAGAUUAUAUGACCUGUUUAAGAAGAGAAAUCCUAGUUUUAAGGGACAUAUAUCACUUUGUGGUCACAGUUUGGGAUCUUUGAUUCUUUUUGAUCUUCUUUCGCAUCAACAGUCACCUGAAAAAGAUUCAAAAGAAGCAGGUGCUGUUAUACGCACAAUUAAACCCGAUAGAAGAAUAAGUCACAUGUAUGGAGCUACAGGGGCUGGCAUAACAAAAAUACACUAUCCUCAAUUGAGUUUUUCACCAAAAGCUUUAUUCGCAAUGGGCUCUCCAAUAGGUAUGUUUGUUACUGUUAGAGGAUUGGAUUCUCUUGGAGAGGAUUUUGCUCUUCCGAACUGCGAAGCAUUUUUCAAUAUAUUCCACCCCUAUGAUCCAGUGGCGUACAGAAUCGAAUCACUGAUAAAUCCGAAAUUGGCCUCAGUCAAACCAAUGUUGAUACCACAUCACAAGGGCAGGAAAAGGAUACAUUUAGAAUUGAAAGAAACUCUAACCAGGGUUGGUGCUGAUCUGAAGCAGAGGGUUGUUGAUUCAGUCAAACAUACGUGGAAUUCCUUAUUUCAAUUAGGAGUUGUUCCAGCAAUUGGACCACCAAUUGAGGAACCUACAGGUACAAUAGAAGAAGAGGAUGGUGAUGAAGCGGCUAAGAACCAAGAAGUUGAACCACCCUUAACAGAAUCAGUCGGUAUAUUAAAUAAGGGAAGAAGAGUUGAUUACGUUCUGCAAGAAUCUCCUUUUGAGCUAUUCAGCGAGUACAUAUCUUCCUUGAGGAGUCACGUGUGUUAUUGGGAAUCAGAAGAUACAAUGCUGUUUAUUUUGAAAGAAAUUUACUCUACGAUGGAAGUGAAGCCAGAUAGUCAAAUUCCACAACCAACUAUGACUAUAGAGAGGCCACUUGAUGCUGGUAGUAGAAGAGGUUCUGCUGUUGUCAGUACACCACCACUUUUGUCGCAGAGAACAGAGAACGCUGUAAAUGGCGAAACAGUGUGAAAGAUACCCUUGUUACUAUAAUUGUUAACUAUAUUGUUAAUAUGCACCAAAUUUGUGAUGAAGUCUACUUAGUUAUAGCUUAAGUAAUUUAUAUGAUUUUCGGGACUAUAAGUUGAGCUUAUAGUAGCAGAGAAGAUGUUUGGAAGUGUGACAUGUACUUAGUUUAGUUAAUAUAGAAGAAAUAUAUACAUUUUUUUCAAA